AUGGCGCAUACCAGCACGACUCACCUCAGCUGCGUGGAUGAUCUGAUUAGGGAGCGGGCAUCUACUAUCUCAGAUGCGCCCCUGAUUACCUAUCCCAACUCGGCCGUUAGGUGUGCAGAAUGGGUCGAGUACACCGCGCGCGAUCUUGACACGUUCGCGGACGAGGCUGCCAAAGAACUGACCAGGCAGGGUCUGGUGCCCAAGGAACGCAAGAGCGCAAAAAGCGAGGUGGUGGCACUACUUGGUCAUUCCGACCUCGAUUACGCCAUCACAAUCUUGGCCCUGACGCGCAUGGGCUUUGCUGUCCUGUUUUUGUCAACUCGCUUACAUACCGAGGCCUACGUCUCGCUCCUAGACAAAUGUGAAUGCUUCCGGAUCGUUACGACCUCUAAAUAUGCAGACACCGUUCGGAGCGUUCGCGGCACGGGCCGCGAGCUGGAGACGUUCGAUGUCGUGCCCAAGGCUAUCUAUGGCCUUCCCUCAACCACGCCACGGUUUGAGAAGCAAACCGAGUUUGAGGACCAGUCCGGCGUUUGCGCCUUCAUCGUUCACUCCUCUGGGAGUACGGGCCUUCCCAAGCCCAUCUUCCAAACCCAUCGGGCAUGCCUGAGCAACUACCAGAUCGGCAGCGGCAUGCGCGCGUUUGUGACGCUACCGCUCUUCCACAACAGCGGCCUCUCGACCACCUUCAGGGGCAUCGUCGCGGGCAGGCGGACGGCCCUCUACAAUGCCGCCAUACCCAUCACUAACGCCAACAUGCUCGAGGCGAUGCGAGCAAUUGAUCCACAGUCAUUCAACUGUGUUCCUUACGUGCUCAAGAUCCUUGCCGAGACUGAGGAGGGUAUCCGCGCCCUGGCCAGGUGCAAAGUUGUCGUCUUUGCUGGUAGCGGGUGCCCUGACGACCUGGGGGAUCUGUUGGUUGACAAUGGAGUGCCCUUAAUAGCACACUAUGGACAGACGGAGAUGGGUCAGCUCAUGAUGUCGUCGCGUGAUCUGGCAACCGACAAGACAUGGAACUGGCUGCGACCGCUGCCCACGGCCAAGCCUUACCUGGUGAUGGAGGCGAUAGGCGAGGGCAUGUACGAGCUCGUGGUGCUGGACGGCCUGCCAUCAAAGGUCAUGUCCAACUGCGACACGCCGGCGCCCAACUCGUACAGGACCCGCGACACGUUCGAAAAGCACCCAACCAUGGAGGAUGUAUGGAAGCACGUGGGGCGGCUGGACGACCGCCUGACGCUGGUCAACGGCGAGAAGGUGCUUCCGGUACCGAUGGAGAACCGCAUUCGCCUCGACGAGCGGGUGCAGGACUGCGUCGUCUUUGGGGCCGGCCGCGCGUUCCCUGGACUGAUUGUGGUCAGGAGCGAGAACGUGCCGAGGGAGUGGACCGACGAGCAGUACCUGGAUGCCAUCUGGCCCACCAUCCAGAGCGCAAACGAGGGCGCGGAGAAGUUCAGCCAGAUCGACCGCGAUAUGGUGCAAGUUUUGGGUGUCGAUACGGAAUACCCACGCACCGACAAGGGCACAAUCAUCCGCGCGGCGUCGUACAAGCGCUUUGCGAGCCUCAUCGACGCUCUGUACGUCAGGUUCGAGGGUGGUCCGUCGGUGGCCCAGAUUGCUGUCAGCGGAAAGAGGCGCAUGGGUGCCGACGACUGGGAGCCGUACCUCCUCAACCUGAUCCACGAGCGGCUCGGGCUGAAGGACAUUGGACCGGAUACGGACUUUUUCAACGCCGGCAUGGACAGCCUCCAGGCCAUCAUGGCAAGGGGACACAUGAUGCGGCAGCUGGAUCUCGGCGGGGCGGUGCUGGGCCAGAACGCCAUGUUCGAGCACCCUUCAGUGCGGCAACUGACCAAGCACCUCACGUCCCUCGUGAGGCCAGAGUCGUCGUCCCCCGCCGCGACAUCACCGCUGACGCCAGAGGAGGAGGCCGCGGCCGUGAUGCGCGAGCUGGUGCACGAGUACGGCCAGUUCGAGCCCUUCGUCCCCGGCGACCAGACCCCCGACGGCGACGUUGUGCUGCUGACGGGCGCCACGGGCUCGCUGGGCGCGCACAUGCUCUCGCAACUGCUCGCCAUGCCCCACGUCGGGCACGUCUACUGCCUCGUGCGCGCCCCGGACCCGGCCGCCGCCGCCUCGCGCGUCUUCGGCUCGCUCUCGGACCGCGGCCUGGGCGGCGCCCUCACCCCGGCCCAGGCGGCAAAGGUGGUGGCGCUGCCGGCCGACCUGUCCCGCGAGGCGGACCUGGGCCUGGGCGCCGACGUCUACGCCAGGCUGCGCGCGUCCGUCACCUCGAUCCUCCACGUCGCGUGGGCCGUCAACUUCAACCUCGGCGUGCGCUCCUUCGCGCCCGUGCACAUCGCCGGCGUGCGCAACCUGCUCCGCCUGGCGCUGUCGGUCCCCUUCCCGCAGCCCGCCCGCUUCUCCUUCGUGUCGUCCGUCUCGGCCGCGGCCGGCACGCCGCUGCCGGCGCGCGUGGCCGAGUCCUUCGUGGCGGACCCGCGCCACGCGCAGGGCAUGGGCUACGCGCGCUCCAAGUGGGUGGCCGAGCACGUGGUCCGGCGCGCCGCAGAGGAGGCCUGGCCCCCUGCCGCUGCCGCUGCCACCGUCCCCCCGCGCGUGCUGCGCACCGGCCAGGUCGUCGGCGACUCGCGCGAGGGCAGGUGGAACGCCACCGAGGCCAUCCCGCUCAUGAUCCAGGCCGCCGAGACCAUGGGCUGCCUGCCGCGCCUGGACGAGCGCCCCAGCUGGAUCCCCGUCGACGUGUGCGCCCGCGCCGUCGCCGAGCUCAGCGGGGUGGUCGCCGCUGCGGACGAGGCCGAGGUGGUCGAGGACCCGGGCCACGUUGUCUACCACGUCCUCAACCCGCGCACCUUUGACUGGACCGCGGAGCCGCUGCCGGCGCUGCGGGCCGCCGGCCUCGCGUUCGAGGAGGUCGGGCAGCGCGAGUGGGUGGCGCGGCUGCGGGCGGCGGCCGAGAGGGGCGAGGACCCGGCGCGAAACCCGACGCUCAAGCUGCUCGACUUCUUCGCGGACAAGUACGACAACGACAGGCCGGGCCGCAGGGGGCUCGCGUUCGAGACGGAGAAGACGGAGCGUCGGAGCGCCGCCGUCGCGGGUCGGUUCGACGUCAUUGGGGCAGGAUUGAUGCGCAAGUGUGUUGAGAGCUGGAGGGCGAGGGAGUGGGCGGCGGUAAAGAAGUUGGAAUGA